CUAGAGAGACAUACUGACUGGGUCUUUUGCGUGGAUUGGUCCUCGGAUCAAACAGAACUCGUGUCGGCGUCGUCGGACAAAACAGCCGAGAUAUGGGACGCGGCGUCAGGCAAGUGUUUGUCGACGCCCAGCCAUGAUGACCAAGUCAUCGCAGUAGCUUGUUGUCGACAGUCUUCAUGGAUACUCACGGGGGGAGACAGGACGGUCAGGGUUUGGGAC